AUGGCGGACUCCUCGGAUUCUCGCAAGAGAAGCCGGGAAUCUGACAGUUCAGACAGCUUAGGCUUUCCAGGUGGAGGGUUUGAUGAGGUACUCAGCGGCGACUCUGGAGCAGAGAGUCACCAUUCUGGGUCAUUGCUAGAUGACCCAUCUGAGGGCGGAGCAGCUGAAGGCUCUGGAAGGGACCGAGGACCGCGCGCUCCUCCGGUCUAUCAGUAUGAUGAACGAGGGGAGCGGUUACCUAGUGAGCAAGCCCCGCGGCCGCAAAAGCCACGGGCUGAGAGCGGUGGGCAGGGAGACAGGGAGCGAGAGCGCGAGGGGCCUGCAGAUGCUCGGAGAGACAGCCUUGGCAGCGGGGUUAGGGAGGACUUUGGCGGGGGUGGUUUCACUGGUUGGGAUGAGGAUCUUGUUGAAGAGUUUGAGGAGGACCUCUACGACGAUGAGGAGACUGCUGAACAAGCUAAACGGAACCCCAAUUGGUCACGCAGGACUGAAAGGGAGUUGAGAGAGUGGGAGCAGAGUCGGCAUCUCUUCGCAGCGUCAUUGCUGCGUCGUCAAGCUGCGGGACCUGGGGCUUGUAAAGAAAAGUGCAGCACACCGGGAUGCGCAGGGCUGCAAGCAGUGAGGUGCUUUGACUGCACUCAAGGUCAGCCAACGUGUUCCGCGUGCGAUCAUCUGCUGCACCCGCACGCUCACUUCCACCGCCGUGAAUAUCUUACGCUAGAGGGCCAAUGCUGGCAGCCAAUUGGCCCCGAUUCUGAGGUGCAGAAUGGGAAGCUGGUGCGCAGCGUCAAGGUCUUUGCCAAGCCUCCCACUGCAGCUUGCGCUGGCUGCGGCAUGUGCUUCUGGGGAGCAGCUCGCCCCACUAAUAAGCCACUCACAGUUGUCACUUUAGCCGGGAGGUUUGAUUUUGUGAGGGCGGCAUUCCUUUGCCAGACUGCGGGCUGCGGAGGGUCACAUGAGCAGGGCUCACUCGAUGCUAUUGACCUGGGGGCCUGGCCAGGAACGGUGUCCGACUGUAGAACGAUGUAUGAUACCGCGCUUCUCGAGUUUUGGGGAAAGAUGAGCAAAGACCAGCCCGGCGCUUCCAUGACAGCGCUCGUGAAAGUCUUGGAAGGCAUCUCUCGCGAUCAUGGAAGAGUGCCCAGCAUCAACCGUCACACGAUGACGACCGCCUUUGGGGAAUUCAAGAUGGCGCAGCACAGCGCCAAGUACCCCGCCGCUCUACAAUCUGGCCUUGUCUGCCCUGCCUGUUGGGCGAAGCAGCACUCAUGCGCGGUGGACAGCAACCGGAAGCUGUACCGAUGGGCACGCGCGUACGAUCCCAGUCGCAAGUCAUACUACGAGAAGCUUUUCUUCUCUUCAGACGCUGAGGUGCAAGCGAGCAUUAAGGCCAUAGACGAGGCGCGGGGUAUUGAGAGGCCGGACAGGGCGUGUGGAGCGGGUGAUUGGAAAGCGGCAAGGGAUUCGAAGAGCGCCAUCCGCGGGCAAGACGAAACGGGGUGCACGGUGUGCGGUUGUCGGCAUGUUUUUGCGCAGCGGGCUGUGAACAUUAUCCAGAUGGGGGAGCGGUACGCUAAUGCGUACUACUUGGACCGCAACUUCAUGCAACCAACGGGGGUUGAGUUUCAGUGGCAGGAUAUAGUGUGCAAGUAUUGGGCAACUCACACAGCGUGGGCGGCAAAUAACCUCUUUCCGGGCCAGGUGCUGUUUGGAGGACAUUGGCAGGAAGGUGCAGCUGCGGGUGCGGGAGAAGACAUGGAGCUGCUGUUCUCCUACCUUUCUCGACUCGGAGUAAUCACGAAAGUUAUGGGUCCCGCAAGGAGGGUGGACGCCAUCACUGAAGCGGUGCUUCACUGGAACGAGGCGAAGGCCCGUGACCUUGCUCGGUCCCUAGUGAACAGGUUCCUGGAAUGUCAGAAGAGGAUCGAGUCCGCCGUGGUCGCCUUCGAGACCGCGUGCCGGGACAUUUUUGGCACGAGUGCUGGGGCGGUACCAACGGAAAAGCUCGAGGGGUGGAAGAACGAGAUUCGCGAGGUUGCAGAGGCGCAACUUCGCGACUCCCGAAGAACCAAGGGCUCCCUCGCCGUCCAGUACUUUGUGCUCAAGCGCGAGGUGGAAAGCGCUGACAGCAUCUCCCCGUUCGUGAACUCUGAGGCUUUCAAAGAUAGUGCCUUAUGUUCGGAAACCCUGCAGAAUCUUAGUUGCGCAACCGAGGAAAUGUUGAAGGGCCGAGAUGCAAAAGCUCGGAAUGUUAGAGAACUAGAGAAACAUUUGUUUCCCGAGCUGCGGGGGCAACCGGUAGGAGUAGAAGAGUUGAUGAUACUUGAAGCUCGCAGCCGUGCUACGCUAGCCGAGGAAACUGUGCACGCGUUACAAGAAGAGAUGGAGGGCAUGCUGCAUAGUUUAGAGAAGCUCCGUUUGCGAGUGACUAGUGAAGCUGACUCCUCGACCAUGCGAUCAGCCCUCAGGAAGAAAGAAGCGGUAGUAAAAAAACAGCUAGGAAAGGUUGUCGAACGGUACAAUACCAUCCUACCAAAAGUCCAGGUCGAAGGUCCUUCUCAACGGCAGCCGGCUGUUCUAGAAGACCUGUUGUCCGGUAGCGAGCUCCCGUGGCAGUUUGAUCGGUGUCUCGACGUUCAGCUAGAAGUAAGCUCGGGAGUGCACAGAACUUUUCGGUUUAAGCAGAAGUACGAGUUGGUCGAGGCCUUCAACAAGGUGAGAAGGCUGAGGGAGGAAAGCGAUUUACUAUUACGAGAGCAACGGAGUUAUUUAUCGUUUUACACGGCCUGCAAGAGCGAACUAGAGGCGAGGAUUAAGUCAUGGAACGAGCAACUGUCCGAAGCACCUGAGACUAGGCCACAACAACCUGAAGAUGCUAGUGCACCAGAGGUGACAGGUAGAUACUCCGUUGUCGACUUCGAUAUAGCAAGCGAAAGAGACUUGAUCGAGGGUACUAUCGCUCGGUUGUGGAAAGCACACAUCGAGGCCGAAAGACAACUUAGGAAAGGUCGUUUACAUUUCCAACAAGGUGCAGGGGGACAAGGGUUGCCAUGGCCGAAAAGCAGGACAGACUCUUUUUUAGGGCAGCCGGAUCCUUUUGUUGAAGCCGAUGAUGAAGAGUAUUAA